AUGUCCGACAAUGCCUCCGAGAAUAACCAUCCAGUAGUCAGAACCGGCAGCCAUGGCAAUGGUAGCGAUUUGGGAACGGUCUCCCCACUCACCGAGGAAAGUCAUGGCAAAAGUUUGAACCCACACGGGAGACAGGAUGUAGGAGGCGAGCGUUGGUUCAAAGCCGAAAUCUCGAUCUCCUCCUCAACCUCGGCCAUCUCGUCGCCCAUUCCCGCAUCCUUGGACAUCGACAGCCCCUCUCGGAGGAGGUUGAUACCGAACACAAUGAACAGCACACCGGCAAAAAAUUGGGUCAAUCUCUGCGGGAUCAGGGCAGGCAAUGCGUGGCCCACCACUCCGGAAAGCACUGUCAUAAGCACAAGGGCAGCAAAUGCGGCGGAAAACACCACCGCUCUAGGGUGUUUCAUCGCCAUGAGCGCAGCAACAAGGAACGUCUUGUCGCCAAUCUCGCUCACCACAAUCAUGGAUGUGGACAUCAGGAAUGCGUCGGACAGCUCGCGAGGCGCCUCGAAGUCGGCAACAGGUCCGGAACUGUCUUUUGCAGCUUCGGCUUUCAGGUUACUCAGAUGGUGCUCCAAGGUUUUUUCAUCUUCGUUGGCCUCAAUCGACUGGAUGGUCACGAGAUCAUCGCUGUCGAUGCUCUUAUCAGCAGCAACUGGAGGGUAA